AUGACUAACGAUGCUCCGUUAUGGGUUCUAGGCUAUGGUUCUCUAAUAUUUAAGCCGCCUCCUCAUGCGACACAUAAGAUUCCAGGCAAAAUCUCAGGUUUUGUCAGACGGUUUUGGCAGAGUUCUACAGAUCAUAGAGGUACACCGGAGAGCCCAGGAAGAGUGGUAACCUUAAUUCCGUACGCAGAUAUAGUAAGGGAUCACCGGUUUCUAGAAAGUGUUCAUUACUUUGAGUGUAACGGAGAUAAAAAGAACAUCAUCGGAUCAGACUUGCAAGUUUGGGGUUGUAUAUACUAUAUCCCCGCACAGCACAGGGAGGAGGUCUGCAGUUAUCUGGAUGUACGAGAACAGGACGGCUACACACAGCAUAAAGUCACGUUCGAAGUAGAGUUAGAUGACGAGUACUUUUCUCAGAACCCGGAGAUCAAGGAAUUUGUUCAAUCCCAUACUAUCGUUGAUACGCAUACGGGCAAAAAUGUUAUUCAUUCUUUGGUUUACAUAGGUACCACUUCCAACGAGUCGUUUAUAGGGCCGGAACACCCGACAACAACUGCAAAAGUUAUUCGAUCGAAUGAGGGUCCCAGCGGAUCGAAUCUGGAUUAUCUUAAACGAUUGCACAGAUCACUGAUGGAUCUGGAUAAAAGUGGUAACAAACGAUCUCAUGAUAGAUACUUGGAUGAAUUGAUUCAGUUGGUUGAUAAGGAGGAUUCUUAG